GUGAAGAUCAGGGAAGAUCAAACUACCUACUGUAGGUUGACCCCUGAGCCUCCGUGUCUCCUCUUCAAGGAUAAAGGCUACACAUUUAGGAAACCAUUACAGGUAAGGAAACAAAUAUCCUCGAGGUGACUUCAAAAAAUAUUGGUUAGAUUUAAAGUAUAUUAAAACAGCCUUGGUAGACUGACGUACUGAUAUACUAUAAAUCUAAAUAUACCAAUAAUGGCUUUAUAUUCCUCUGAUAUACAUUACUUUGCAUAGAACUAAUUUUAAAUAUGCUAAAAACAGAAAAGUAUAUGAAUCAUUCAGAGUUAUCUUUUUAACACGACAUUAAUAGUCGUACUAUCAAAUAUCAUGAUUUUGCAUUUAACAAAAAAAUAAUAAAAACAGAUAAAAAUGAAACUGUGGGAUUUCAAUGACAAUUGCAAAUGCCAAAAAAAAGUUAUUUUGAGUGCUAUCUGUCAUGUACUGCUUCACAUUUGUUGUCUGCAACAACACAUUCAAACUUGAAACACAAUAUUCACCCUUGACCUUAACAAAGGUGAUUUAUUUUGUGACCACUUUAAGCGGAGAUUCCACUAACAUUUACUCACCUACUAAGAAAUAGAUCCAGUGACGAGGACAGAUUUAAGAAUUACAUGUGCAGGGCUGAUGUUGGUACAAUGAGGAUUUGGAAUUAUGUAAUGUAUUGUAAUCUAAUGACUGCAACCUCUACAGAGAUUACUGUAACAUGGCAACACUGAUACUGCAGAUUUAUUUAAGAGGGUAGCUAUAAAUGCUGGCAGAAAACGGAGCUACUGCGGACUUUAUGGACUCAAAAAAGAAGUAUGCUUACACUUGCUGACAAUUUAUAAAUAAUUUUUGGCAAAAACUUGCUGAUUACAUCUCUGCUUCAUGAGUUCAACUCCUUAUUGACUUCUUUUUGCCUGAUUUGUAUUAAAAGUGCUGCAUUACAGGCGGCUUUCUCGAAUUAUUUUUAAUCUAUGACAGCACACUUGUGUACCGAACAGCAGCCCACCAACUAACAGUGCACUGAUGUUGUACUGGGAAUACAAACUCACUUUUUUAUGACUUGGGCAGAACAACUACAUCCUGUGUCCUGUAUGUGUUUCCAGUACUCCUGAGUCAACCUUGCCAAAGCCACAAUGUCACAAUUCUGUACAAUGCCAACUGGAGAGAGGAAGAAGCAUGCAGCAGCUAUUUGCCGAGAGGUCCAUGGUACCAAUGGUAUGACUUUAGUUUUGAGGCUUACUGCUGCAAGAGAAUAUCAUACUGAUCGAGGUUCAAAAUGUCAGGGCUGCUCUCCAGCUCCUCCAUACAUAAGCCAACGGGAUGAUUUAAAGCCUAUAGUGGCUAGUCCUUUGUCGUUGUCCUUUUCAAAACUCUAUUUCUGGAGAGGGGAGGGAAGCUGUGUCGGCCAACUGUGUGGCUGUUUGUUAUGUGACGGUCCGUGACAGCUGGGGUACAUACCGUCUGUAGUGGUGGAUGAGGAAGCAUCCUGUACAUCCAAAAAGCUCAUUCUCAAGUACAUUGAUAACCCAUGGUCCAUGACAGGGCUUAGAUCAUGGAAAAUGUGAAUUUUUCAGAUUCCUAAGUAUGUCAUGGACACUCCCAAAGCUCGUCACUUGAGGAUUGUAUUCAGGAACAUUUAGAUUUUCUAUCCAGCCCUUCGCACAUCUAAAACCAGUACUGGAUCAACCCACAAGCAGGGCCCAGGGUAAAAAUACUGUCACUAUCAUUCAUCCUUGUUCUUCCCAAGUAAGAUGGUGAUAACUCCAUUAUAUAAUUUUUUUUUUAAAGAAUAUGCAAAAGCUUAAAAGUUACAAGGGUAGAGAAUUCUGUAGUGCUUAACCCUCAAAAUAAGUUGACAGGAUGUGACAUUUACUGAGACACGAGGAGAUUUGUUAGACAGUAAAUAUUAUACAGGAGUUUUCUGUCAGAUGUUGUGAUUGCUUAAGAAAUUUGGAAUUUGUAGGGAAUCCAUGAUUGUGUCAGGCAGCUGCCUCCUUUUUCCCAGUACUGGCUCCUCAAGAACAAAAAGAAGACAUAGUUUGUUAUCUUUUAUUGAAAAAUAUUGCUUGAUAAAGUGGUACACGGUGACAUGUAUGGUGUAUUUUUUCUUUUUCUUUACUGUAAGCUCAACAUUAUCAGAUGUUUCUGUUUUUAAUUUUGUCAUCUGUCAGGGGACGUAAUGGAUCUGGGGAAGAAGCUGAGCACUCCUAAGGAUAUAAUGUUGGAGGAGUUAUCAUUGCUAACCAACAGAGGGUCCCGGCUUUUUAAAAUGCGCCAGAGGAGAUCUGACAAAUAUACAUUUGAAAGCAUCCAGAACGAGGCAAACGCACAGCUAAAUGUAAGUCAAGAGAGUUACCCACCGUCUCUGUGUGUUUCUAAACACAGGAGAUGUUUUGAGUUGACUUGUGUUUCCUCAUCACGCACAUUUCAGGGAAUACACUCCUGGAAGAAAAUAAAGUGUCACAACACAUGGAUGAUAUCACAGACAUGUGCAGUGUGAUUUCAGUUUCCUCCUGCCAAAUCUUUAGAGGCUGUUCAUGCACUCAUGCACUUGAUGAGGAGCUGCACCCCUCUUUACUUAUCAGUGCCUGAUGAUGUGGGUCUGUGUGUUUGUGAGAGCAUGCGAGACAGCAGCAGUUACAGAGUAGAUAAACUGACUUCAUGUUUUGUAGCUUAAAUGAUUUAUAUUGUACUUCACUUUUUCCUCUCUUUUUUAUUUUGUGCAGGACAACAUUUUAACCGAAAAUGCAAGCACUGUGGAAAUUACAGUGGAUGCUCCAGCUGAUGGAACUACUGCAAACACAGAAAACACUGAAACAGGUAUAGCUCUGCUGUUCAGUCUGAGAGGCUGUUUAUUUGUUUGUUAAAUCCAUCAUGCUGCAAUAUUUCUUUCAACUUGGAUUUUGACGUUAUAAUCUGACAAAGUUGCGAUUGAAAAAGGAUCUCUACAUCAUCUAUUACAGUGUCAACAAAAAUCAAGCACUGUGCGGUUAUGUAACCCUGUCAUAAUAAUGACGAUGGUAUCAUACAGUCACAACAGCUGGUGUUCCCUCAUUGCAACUUCGUAAGCUAGAAGCCACGUAUAUAACAGUGAUUAUGUAUCCAACCAGGGGAGCUCUAUAUGAUUUAUUUUGUUAUAUUUUAUUAUGCUUGGACGGCAGACAGAGCCCUGUGCUUAUUCUAAAAUUCUCCAGCGGGGAGUCAUUGCAUGUCGACACUUUUUAUGAUGAGUGAACGCUACAGCUAUGUGCUAUUUUAAGGCCUUAGAUCCCAAUGAUGGACAUCUCAGUCUGCCUGUAAGUGUUCUCUAAGCACAGUAUCUAUUCAUAAUCCUUUCCCCUCUAAAGCCUGCAAAAAAAGGAAACAGCUCAGCAUUAACCCGCAACUACAGACCAAAUUGUUAGAUCCUUGUGUUGCACAAUAUCAUCUAGUAGUGACAUUUUUUUCUCUUUGUUUGCUGCUCGACAGAAAACACUGCAGACAAGUCAAGCCCCACAGCUAUGUCAAAGUCCUAUCACUCCCCAUGGGAGCAGGCAAUCCUCAACAAUCCGGAUCUUGCAGAAAGCCUCAAACUUGGAAUGCAAGCACCUGACCCGAGAGCAGAUCUGCCCCUGUACAAAUCCUUCAACAGGUGAGAACUUAACAUUUAGGCCACUACGUCAGAACAUAAAAGAGACAGCCAUUUACUCCUAAUGUCAUCACAGGGUCGCCACUCCAUAUGGUGGCUUUGACAAAGCUCCCAGAGGGAUCACAUUCAAGCUCCCUGAGCUGGACCUGAACCCGCCCAGUUACCCAGAGCUACAAGAACCAGGAAUUAAGCGUCCCACCUUCAACAGGACAGCCCAGGGAUGGAUAUCUGAGGGCACCCAUCUGAUCCUCCCCACCAUUACCCUGGAGCCCAUUCAAGUCCCAGAGUCAGAGGACCUGUAGAUGCUCUUACUGUUUGUUUGUGAUCUGGCAAAGUGGUGUCUGCUGUAGUGUGCUAGCCCAUCAUCAACAACAAUGUCAAUUAGUUACACAGUCACAGAUCCAUACCAGUAUUUUAAAUUGGCACUAUUGAAUGGACAGAAAAUGUUUUCUGCAUUUGUUGACUCGUGUGUUUGGUGAAUACUGGAAUAAACUGGAUUAAAAAUGUCAUGUAAAUAGCAAAAGAAAUGGUCUAUACACAAUUCAAGAAGUCCAGGAGUUUCCUCUGACGCUGAACACAGAGCUGUAAACUUGAAUGAUGUUCAAAUGAAAUGAUGAAUGUGUAAUGUAAAUAAAGAAUGAAACCUUAUUUAUGGAUGGCACACAGCCAGGAAAUAAAGGAAGUUACAUUUAGUUAUUAUUUGUAUGGUAUAUACCAAUCAUGUCAUGGAAAGUUAACAUAUAUAUCUUAUUUGGGAGCCAGGAGGAAAAUGUUGAAAAUGCAGUGCUGCUGGUCUUGCAGGAUAAAAGGUUUUUAGCUGCGCAACAGUUUGAGCUCUCCUUUGUCUAUUUUUUUUCUGUUCUGGUAAGUCAAAUGUUUUUAAAAAAGUGACAAGUCAGGACUGCAUGCAGGCCAGUUUAGCAGCUGGACUGCUCUACUACAGAGACAUGCUUUAGUCUGUUCAAAAUCUAGUCUGGCAUCUUUUUGCUUUUCAAUGUAAGGUCUUCC